AUGCCGGGAGCGGAGGGUCCCAACCAGGGCGACGCCAUGCCCGAUAGAGUUCAGAUCGAUCCGGCAGUAGACGUGGAGUACCGUAGCUACCGAGCAGAACGGGAGGUCGACCUUCCGAUCGUCAUGUCGCUCGUGGACAACGAGCUUUCGGAGCCGUACUCCGUCUUCACCUACAGGUACUUCCUGAGCCAGUGGCCCCACCUCUGUUUCAUCGCCUUCCACGCCGGCCGCCCGUUCGGCGUCGUCGUCGGCAAGCAGGAGCGCCACAAGCACGGCAACGAGCGCGGGUACAUCGGCAUGCUCGUCGUCGAGAACGCGUACCGCGGGUACGGCAUCGGGUCCGAGCUCGUCCGCCGGUGCAUCCAGGUGAUGGACGAGCGGGGCGCGGAGGAGGUGGUGCUGGAGGCGGAGGCGACGAACGUGGGCGCGAUACGGCUGUACGAAAAGGUGGGCUUUGUACGGGACAAGCGGCUGCGACGGUACUACCUGUCAGGGCUCGACGCGUACCGACUGAAGCUGCUCCUGCCGCUGAAGCAGCCAAUCGAGACCAUCGGCGACGGGCAGGAGGAAAUGAGCGCGGCAGUCUCGGCAGCGGAGCUGGCCGCGCUGCGCGUCGACGGCAAGCAGGUGGCUGGGGCGGGGGGCUCGAACGGCGCGUAG